CCUUUUGUGCAGCAUGCUAAGACAAAGAAUGGAUUCCGACAACAGGCAGAACUGCCAACACUCUGUUUUAGCCUAGCUAAAACUCAGCCACUGAGUCUUGAAAUUUCCUGACCCUGAGAAGAUUUGAAAUUUGCUAGAGAAAAUAUUUUUGUGUCUGAGGGUGUCCAACCAAAGAAUAUUUUGACUUUUAGAUUGUGGUAUCCACACUGAGACCAAAGUUGGUAGAAAAAGGAGGCUGAUCUGGAACCUGAGGAGAACAUUCCAACCCACUUCCUCAAUUUUUUUCUUGAAGCCAGAGUAACCCAGAAGAAAUUUCCAGCUCUGGUGCUCCAUUUCUGUCCUCAUCUUGGAGAUGGAGAACUGGGACAAUAAAUGCUGGCCAGUGCCCACUUCCCAGCUGGUGCUCCUGACCCAAGGCUUUAUUUGGAAUCAAGCACAGGGUGAGGAACUGGAAGAGCUACAGGGUCGUGUGACAUUGGAGGAGGUGGCUCUGUAUUUCUCCAAGGAAGAGUGGGCGCUGCUGGAUCCAGACCAGAAAGCUCUGCACAGAGAAGUCAUGGAGGAGAUUAGUGGGAUUGUGGCCUCUCUUGCGGGUGACGAGAACAAGGGAGGAACGCAAGAGGUGGCGUCCCAGAGAAACAGAUCAAAAAAGGCCAAAAUGGAGAAAAAGAAAAUUGAAGUUAAUGAGGAGAGGAAGAAUUCCUCCUCUGCUUCUCAAGGCAAUAAUGAUCACAGAGUCCCAGCUCCAGAAAAAAUAGAGGCGAGAAACGAAACCAACAAAUGCCCUGUGUGUAAGAAGAGUUUCCAUUCUAAAUCAUAUCUUAAAGUGCACUGCAAAAUCCACACAGGAGAGAAACCCUUCAAAUGCUCAGCGUGUGGAAAAACCUUUAAUCAGAGUUCUAAUCUAACUUCCCAUUUAAGAAUCCACACUGGGGAGAAACCCUAUAUAUGCUUGGAGUGUGGGAAGAGUUUUGGUCUGAGAAAAGACCUCACAUCUCAUCAAAGGAUCCACACAGGGGAGAGGCCGUUUGAAUGCCUGGAGUGUGGCAAGAGUUUCCGCGUGAGCACGCAUCUCACUUCCCAUCAGCGAACGCACACAGGAGAGAAACCCUAUAAAUGCUUGGAGUGUGGCAAGGGUUUUAGCCUCAGUGCAAACCUUACCUCUCAUCAAAUAAUCCACACAGGAGAGAAACCAUUCAAAUGCCUGGAAUGUGGAAAAACCUUCAGUCAGAGCACGAACCUCACUCGGCAUCAAAAAACUCACACAGGGGAGCGGCCGUACAAAUGCUUAGAGUGUGGAAAAAGCUUUAGUAGGAAUACGAGCCUCACUUCUCAUCAACGGAUCCACACUGGCGAGAAACCAUAUAAAUGCACCCACUGUGGGAAGAGCUUCAGUUUGGGCACAAGCCUGACUUCUCAUCAAAGAAUCCACACCGGAGAAAAACCCUAUCAGUGUUUGGAGUGUGGAAAGAGUUUUUGUGUGAGCACAAGCCUCACUUUUCACCAAAGAAUCCACACCGGAGAAAAGCCCUAUAAAUGUACAGUGUGUGGAAAGAGCUUCAGGCUGAGCACCAACUUUGCUUCUCAUCAAAGAAUUCACACUGGGGAGAAGCCCUAUAAAUGCCUCGAGUGUGGGAAGUGCUUUGGUGUAAGCACACAGCUCAUCAAUCAUCAGAUCAUGCACACCGGGGAGAAACCAUAUCAGUGCUUAGAGUGCGGGAAGAGUUUCAGCGUCAGAACCAGAUUUACGAUCCACCAAAGGAUCCACAAAGGGGAGAAACCGUAUCAGUGCUUGGAAUGUGGAAAAAGCUUCAGUAGAAACACAAACCUAACUUCUCACAAAAGACGGCAUGCAGGAGAGAAACCAUAGACUUGCUUGUAAGAAAAUUCACAUUUCAUCCCUACUUCCUGCUGGAAAUCUCACUCUAUGUGCAACCCUGCAAAUACAUCUGCGGUUGCUAAAGCAAGGGCAACGGUGAAAUUUAACACUUUCCCUUUCUUUUACAGGAGCAGCUAUGGAGCUAUUUCAAGACCAUAGAAAAAAAUAGAACAUUUCAGGUUCCCUGAUCUAUUUUUUCAAGGGGGGGUUGUUUUAAUGUGCUCCAGUUCAGCACAGGGAACUCUGAUGUGGGUGUGUGUGUGUCAAAAAAAGUCAGGAUGGUGUCUGCAACCAUGCAACUGAAAUUCUGCCCUUUUUUAUGGGUAUAGACCUAUGCCCCUGCAAUUCAGUAUCAUUUUCUCUGCAUUUUGAGCUCUUAGAUCAUAUCCUGGGCCUCCACAGGAAAUGGAACAGCAGUCAAAGACAACACAGGUGUGAUGACAUCAUCACGCAAAUGCUGUGACUUCAUGCACUUGCAUCAGAUAUCAGGAUGCAAGUGCGGAAUGAUGGCAUAUGCGUAAUGACGCCGCUGCAUG